AUGGCAGGAACAGAGAAUAAGGUGGCGGAUGAUUUGAGCAGAAUAACUCAAGGGAAAGAUAAUGAGGAUAUUCCCGAUGCUUUUCCAGAAGAACAUUUGUACUAUGCUAAGGGAUCAAGUGUCUUGAUCAAACUGGAAGACGUUUCGCCUCAACUGACCCAGAGGCCUUUUUUAAUGAAGUAUGGGAUUCCUAGAGCCAUAAUCUCUGACCAAGGUACCCAUUUCUGCAAUCGCGCCGUAGAAGCGCUCAUGAGGAAAUACAGGGUUAACCACUGUUUGUCAACCCCAUAUCAUCCGCAAAGUAAUGGUGAGGCAGAGAUUUUGAACAGAGAGAUCAAGAGUAUUCUAGAGAUAACGGUGAGCCCUUCGAGGAAGGACUGGAGCAAGAGGUUAGACGAUGCCUUGUGA